AUGCUGCCCGGCCAGCCCAGCCCAUCCACCACGCACGCCUACCUGACGCCCAUAGUCGACGCCUACGAACGAAUAGCCUACAACGGGAUGGAGACUGCCAUCUUCCCUAGCUACUUUCACGGCAAGUGCCAGCGAGACGGCGUCAACCCGCCUGGCUGCCCGAACCCCGACUGCCCCGUCGUCUGCGGCACACCCGGGUCGAUGGUGCACUUCUACCCUACCCUGCGCUACAUCGCGUUUAAUCAAACACGAGAAGCCCUCUUGUCCGUCUCCGCCCCCGGCUCCGACGCGUACCAGCAGGUCGAGAAGGAGGUGAUGAAGGCCGCGCGGCAACACACGCGCCGCUCAAGCAGGAUUUAUCCCCGGGCCGCAUCGAAAGCGAAGGCAAAAGCAAAAGGGAAAGCAAAAGCACUCGCCUCUUCAUCUUCGGCAACAUCUACGUCUACAUCCGCGUCCGUCUCUGCUUCUGGAUCUCAAUCUGCUGCUGGCUCUCGGGCAACAUCUGUGGCAGGCUAUCGCAAACCAUCCUCUGAGUCUGGCUCACCUGGCUCAGGCUUGUCGUCUACGCUGGCAGGUCCAAACGAUGGCAAAGAGAUGCUUGUUCCUGUCUUCGUGCGCUCUCCAGAUACUCCGGAUAGCGAUAUACAGGGUGGCUUGAGCAGCAUCAUGCAGACCGUUUCCGGCCUUCUUGAACAAGCUUGUGGUGGGAAUGCUGACGAGAGUUUGGAGGCGUUGCCACAGUGUAGCUGGGAGCAACAGAUGAAGGAGUACAUCCUAGCAUUCCCUUAG